GACCUGAGAAGCAGGGAACUGACCUGAGAGGCAAACAUCAAAGCUGGCCCUUGAGCCUCACUGGAAGCCUUGAAGAUUGAGGAAUUUUGAGAACAUAAUGACAACACCCAGAAACUCAGUGAGUGGAACUUUCCCAGCAGAGCCUACAAAAGGCCCCCUUGCCAUGCAAGUCGCUCAAAAAGUAAACCUCAGGAGGACGCCUUCAAUAGUGGGCCCCACGCAAAGCUUCUUCAUGAGGGAAUCAAAGGCUUUGGGGGCUGUCCAGGUCAUGAAUGGCCUCUUCCAUAUUGCCCUGGGGGGACUGCUGAUGAUCCCUACAGGGGUCUAUGCACCCAUCUGUGUGAGUGUGUGGUACCCUCUCUGGGGAGGCAUUAUGUAUAUUAUUUCUGGAUCACUCCUGGCAGCAGCAGAACAAACCUCCAGGAAGAGCUUGGUCAAAGUGAAAGUGAUACUGAGCUCACUGAGCCUCUUUGCCGCCAUUUCUGGAAUCAUCCUUUUGAUCAUGGACAUACUUAAUAUUAAACUUUCACAUUUUUUAAAGAUGGAGAGUCUGAAUCUUAUUAAAACUCCCAUGCCUUAUAUUAACAUCUACAACUGUGAACCUGUUAACCCUGCUGAGAAAAACUCUCCAUCUACACAAUACUGCUACAACAUACAAUCUGUGUUCCUGGGCAUUUUGUCAGUGAUGCUGAUCUUUGCCUUCUUCCAGAAGCUUGUAACAGCUGGCAUCGUGGAGAACGAAUGGAAGAGAAUGUGCUCCAGACCCAAAGCUAAUGUGGUUCUCCUGUCAGCUGGAGAAAAAAAAGACCAGACAAUCAAAACGAAAGAAGAAAUCGAAACCAUUGAGCUCAGUGAAAUGCCCUCCCAACCAAAGAAUGAAGAAGAGAUUGAAAUUAUUCCAGUGCAAGAGGAAGAAGAAGAAGAAGCAGAAAUAAACUUUCCAGAGCCCCCUCAAGAUCAGGAAUCCUUGCCAGUGGAAAAUGAGAUCUUGCCCUAACCUCUUCCUUCUGUUUCACAUUUUCUUUUGUAAGCAAUAAUGCUUAGAGAGCUUCCAUAGCUGCCUAUGGUCUGCAUUUACCCUCCAUAUUUCCAGCACCUUCCUCUCCUUCACUUUCAGGGAAUGCAGCAACUGUAGCAGAUUGUGUUGUUUCUUGCUUGGGAACUCUUACCAUGGCAGAAAUGCUGAGGAACUUG